AUAAAAAAUAAAAGUGGGCUGGACGGUGUCCGCAAAGCCAAGGGGUUGAAUUCGUUUUAACUGGCUAACUGUUGACGACAAAAAUUCACUCUGGACCGAUUUAAUGGACAACUAAGGGGUACCAGUGGACGCCCAGAUACCACAGGAAUGGAUAUCACAAGCCGCUGCACCUUGGGUGACCCCAACAAGCUCCCGGAGGGAGUGCCCCAACCGGCCAGGAUGCCCUACAUCUCGGACAAGCAUCCUCGGCAGACCCUGGAGGUCAUCAACCUGCUUCGCAAGCACCGGGAGCUGUGCGAUGUGGUUUUGGUGGUGGGAGCCAAGAAGAUUUAUGCUCACCGAGUGAUCCUGUCGGCUUGCAGUCCUUAUUUCAGAGCAAUGUUUACGGGUGAACUGGCUGAGAGCAGGCAGACUGAAGUCGUCAUUCGGGAUAUCGAUGAACGUGCCAUGGAGUUGCUCAUCGACUUUGCGUACACCUCACAGGUGACCGUGGAGGAGGGUAAUGUCCAGACGUUGCUGCCCGCUGCCUGCCUGUUGCAGCUGGCAGAGAUUCAGGAAGCCUGCUGUGAGUUCCUGAAGCGGCAGCUGGACCCCUCUAACUGCCUGGGCAUCAGGGCCUUCGCCGACACUCACUCCUGCAGAGAGCUGCUGCGAAUAGCUGAUAAUUUCACCCAGCAUAACUUUCAAGAGGUGAUGGAGAGUGAAGAGUUCAUGCUCUUACCAGCCAACCAACUGAUAGACAUCAUCUCUAGCGAUGAGCUCAAUGUUCGGAGUGAGGAGCAGGUGUUUAACGCCGUCAUGGCAUGGGUCAAAUACAGUAUACAGGAGCGCAGGCUUCAGCUACCACAGGUUCUGCAGCAUGUGCGUCUCCCUCUUUUGAGCCCGAAGUUCCUGGUUGGGACCGUGGGUUCAGAUCCUCUAAUCAAGAGUGAUGAAGAGUGUAGGGACUUGGUGGAUGAAGCAAAGAACUAUCUUCUUCUACCACAAGAGCGGCCACUAAUGCAGGGGCCUCGAACCCGGCCCAGAAAGCCCAUUCGUUGUGGAGAAGUAUUAUUUGCUGUGGGCGGUUGGUGUAGCGGCGAUGCCAUUUCCAGUGUUGAGCGUUAUGACCCGCAGACCAACGAGUGGAGGAUGGUGGCAUCCAUGAGCAAACGACGCUGUGGAGUUGGUGUUAGUGUUCUGGAUGAUCUUCUGUAUGCUGUUGGCGGACAUGAUGGCUCAUCUUAUCUCAAUAGUGUGGAGAGGUAUGACCCCAAGACUAACCAAUGGAGCAGUGACGUGGCCCCUACCAGUACCUGCAGAACCAGUGUGGGUGUUGCUGUACUAGGCGGGUACCUGUAUGCGGUGGGAGGUCAGGAUGGUGUCUCCUGUCUCAACAUUGUAGAACGGUAUGAUCCUAAAGAGAAUAAGUGGACUCGUGUUGCUUCUAUGAGCACUAGACGGUUGGGUGUGGCUGUAGCUGUACUGGGAGGUUUUCUUUACGCAGUCGGAGGUUCAGAUGGCACAUCCCCUUUAAAUACAGUGGAGCGGUAUAACCCUCAAGAAAAUCGCUGGCAUACGGUAGCACCCAUGGGUACCCGACGGAAACACCUUGGCUGUGCCGUUUACCAGGACAUGAUUUACUCUGUGGGUGGCAGAGACGACACCACGGAACUGAGCAGCGCCGAGCGAUACAAUCCUAGAACCAAUCAGUGGUCCCCUGUUGUUGCAAUGACGUCCAGAAGAAGCGGGGUCGGUUUAGCUGUUGUAAAUGGCCAGCUGAUGGCGGUAGGAGGAUUUGAUGGUACCACAUACCUGAAAACUAUAGAAGUUUAUGACCCUGAUGCCAACACGUGGAGGCUUUAUGGUGGAAUGAACUACAGACGGUUAGGCGGUGGAGUCGGCGUAAUAAAAAUGACCCACUGUGAAUCGCAUAUAUGGUAACGUCCUCAGCAUCCACCCCACAGAUGCCACACUGUAGCUCGUGCCUCACAGAGACAUUAUGCAUCAUGAAAGAGUAAAGCCUGGCAGAGACUGAAUUCCGUCUCCGGUUACUGAGAUGGCAAAAGCCAAGGAAUACCAUCUCUUGAAGCUGCUCUGAGGAUACUCAUCUUUACAGCCAUAGACCAUUACUUCUUUUGAAUAAUAAUCUGAUUUCUCUUUCAUACUUGAGUGUAGCCAAAGUCAUCUUAUUGGAGAGAAAAGAAAAACAACAGGCGGAAACGCAAGAGUUCAUUUACUUCUGUUACAAAGCCACGUGGAGGUCAAACUGAACAUUUAUUUUCCUGGAAGGAAGUAGGUCUUCACUGGGCAACUUGACUUGAUUGAAGACUAACUACAGAUAGCUGAAACAUUACCGGGGAGUUGCGUGAACGCUGCUUGUUCUUCUGAAUGAGUGUUUGUACGAUUGAUAUUCUUGUUUUAUGAAUUGGAUGCACUGUGAUAGCUUUACCAUUUCUUUAAGUUGUUUGAUGUCGUAUUUUGAGUUGUACACUGCGUGUUAUCUGUUCCUCUGCAUUCUUACCAGAUGCAAGUGGAUUGGUUGAUCUUACAUUUUUCUUGUGCUGAAAAUGCAGUCGCUCCCAUAAAAUGAAGGCGUUGCGGUAAAUAAGUUAUUUCUAAAGCAGUCUAAAACAAGUUUGACAUAUUAUCAAUUUGUUUACUUUUAUAUAACUGAAUGCAUCAAUGAAUCAGUCCAUGCACUUUAAUCCACAAGAUUUUCUCUAAAAAUAUUGUUGGAUGUAUUGUUUUAUGCAUUUUGUUCUUUAUUGUUGAGGAUCCAAGGUGAAACGGUUUCAUUUUUUCUUAAUCUGAAAUUUAGGAAGAGGUUGCUGUAGUGGCCUUUUGGAAGUGGAAAAACUGCCCACUUUGUCAAUUCUAUACUUUUUAAAUGAGCACCCCUUAUUAAAUUGACAAGUUAUGUAUUUUCCCCCUGCGACAGUUACAAUGUGCUCUAAGCAUAGUGUUAAAAUCUGGUUUCAGGAUCUUACCUUAUUUAAUUUUAAAGAUUUUCACCAAUUGUCUAUACAUUUCAUAAUGAUGAACAUGAAAAUAAAAAACAAGAAAAAACCUGUUGUAUUGCUAAAAAAAGAAAUGUAUACCAUGAGGUGUAUACGCCCAUCAGUUGUAAAUAACUAAAGCAUGUAAUCAAAGUGUCUUUAUUUUUCCCAUGAAGGAUUGUUGAAAAUCAAAGAAGAAUGUAAAUAAGGUUUAUGCCUUUAAUUAAAUUGCAUUUUUACACAUAUCCUAGGUGAUACUUAUUUAAAAGGUCAAUUUUGUGUUUUGGACAUACAAACUGCAAACCAGUUACUAAAUAAACUCAUGCUUGUAGAUCCUA